AUGGCCUCCGUUCCGUCUCUGAUUCUUGCCGUCGAGGCCUCUGCUUCGCGUCAGCGCCCCAGCAUGACUGCCGUCCCCUCUCCCACGCCCCUUGCGGGCGACCGCGAGUCGUCGUCCUCUGCUGCGGCGCGCGGAGAUGAAAUCUCGCGCCGAUGUCGCCUCUGUGCAGAGGGCGACGCCGCGCUCGAGCCCUGCUGGCUCUCCACGCAAGACAAGCUCCUCUCCCUUCUGCCUGACCUCUUCUACGGCCCCCCGCUCUGCCUCGCAGAAGCCGGCGAGUCAGAGGCCGCGGAGGACGAGCGUUUGAACGCCUGCGAGAAAGCGGCAGAAGAAAGGGGGAAGGGCGCUCGCGGCGAGGAUGCAACUUCGACAGGCGCGUGCAGGAGCAGCAGUCCCGACAUGAAGUUGCUGGGACUGAUUCGCCGCUUGUUGAGCGUGGCUCCCGAGGCCUUUCGAGUCUCAGAGAGCUUGGUGGAGGGCGAGGAGAACGGUGCCGCUUCGUGCCCGUCUUCCUCUUUGUGUGGUACUUUCUGCGCUGCAAGGGAAGAGACGUCGGAUGCGGGCGCCGCCGCACCCAAGGACGAGCCAGAAGAGGAGCGGAGGGAAUCCAGCGUUCGUCUUGAGACCCUCGUCGUGCUCGUGCGUUUCCUCUCCUCCAGUGGCGCCGCGGCCCUUGCGACUCGACCCCAGUGGCGUCUGCUGGUCGGUCUCCAUUUCUUGUCGCCCGCGGCUGAGCGGAAAAAACCGAGAGUCGCGUUUGCGUCGUCUUCCUGGCCUCCGCCUCCACCUGCGGCGCCUGCGGUCGGGUCUGCCUCUGUGUCCUCCGCGCCGUUCUCUUCGCUGACUGAAGCCGACCGGCUGAAGGCACACCUUCUCCUCUCUCUCUGCGCCUACGCGCUCCUUCAGCCUCGCCUGCGAGCCUUCCUGUCCCCCUCUUUUUCUUCCGGCGGCCUGUGGUCUGGAGACCGGGACGACGGCUUCGACAUCCGGCUUGUCUGCGCCCUCGCACCCUCCUUCGUGACGCCUGCAAGCGAAGAAAAAGCCGAGCCGCCCGCGCGCAAAGGCGAGCAGUCAGGCGCCGCCUUGACAAAGGCGGAGCAGGCCGCGGUAGGGCAGCGUACAGGGAUGAAACGGCCAGCAAGCGAGGCGAUCGCCGCCGGAAACUCGUGGCAAGUCGAGGCUUUGACGUCCAUGCAGAGAAUCGUCGUCGUAGGGCGGUACAAGAAACAAAGCCGCGAGCUCAGCCAGUCGCUGUGGCUCGUUGACAGCAGACGGAAGCUCGAAAUGUCCGUGGAGGAGGCGAUUGGCAUUCCGCUGCAGAGUCUCUUCGAUGCCUCGGGAUACCGAUUCCUCUCUGCAGGCCGCGAGGACGCAGACGUGCGGAUGCUCGGUCGCGGGCGGCCGUUUGCCCUGGAGCUGCUCGAUUGCCGGCGGCCGCCGCAUUUCUUUUGCCGAUUUCUCGCCGCACAUCGACAGGCUGGUCUCGGGGCUUCGCAGUGCCUCUGCCCGCACGUACUGCAUCCCCCCACGGCGCACAGCGGAGCUGCGCCGCCAGGUGAGGAAAUGGGAGACCGGCAAGAGGCGAAGGAGGCGAGUCUACUUCUGCCGAUCUGCCCGCUGCGCAGGCCCCUUCCCCCUGACAGAGGUCUGAAGUCCCGCGGCUCAAAAGGAAACGGAGAGUGCGCGGCGGCGGGCGACGACGAGGCGCCUGCGAGGCAGGCAGUCGGAGACGGAGAGGAAGGAGAAGAAGUGCUUCUCGCGGCGGCGUCCUCUCGCUCUCUCGAAGCUCUGCUGCGCGAAGCCGGCGGCGCAACAGGAAGAGCAUGGCCUCAGCGGCAGCAGACAGCCGCACAGGGCUCUUCCUCCCACCCGGCUUCUUCUUCUCCGUCUGCCCCCUCUGUCGCUCUCGGCGCGCCCUCCCGUUCUGCGCGCGACUCGGGGGAGGUUGCCGAGCCCGCAGUUGAGGUAUACGGCCUCCGCGUCGUCACGCGUGAGCCUGCCAGCUGUUUCGUAAACUUCCAGAGGGGCGACGAGCUCGCAGAAACGGCGAGCGGCGCUGGUUGUGCGAGCCUGCCAGAUAGGUGCGACGUAGCGCGCGCCUCUUCGGUUCUGACGAAGCAGCUUGACUCUGCCUCUUCCUCCUCUUCCUCCUCUGCCUCCUCUUCCUCCUCUGCCUCCUCUUCCUCCUCUGCCUCCUCUUCCUCCUCUGCCUCCUCUCUCUCUUCUGCCUCUUCUUCUGCCUCCGCCUCUUCUUCCUCCUUCGCCUCCUCUUUUUCCUGCGCCUCUUCUGCGUCUUCUUCCCUCUCCAGCUCCGUUCCCUCGUCAUCGUUUUUUUCCUCGUGCUGUUCUUCUGCGUUGGCAGUCCCGCCUCCUGAAGACCGUUUGUUUUCUUCGACUGCGGAAAGAAGCCAAGAGGUGCUGGGGGCAGUGAAUGUCGAGAAAGCUAUCCGCCUCGCGCUGCAGCACGGCGCCGAGGAGAAGGUGAAGAGUUACGAGUGCCUCGUUUUCGCGGAUCGCCCCGUGAGUGUGGAGGCGCUUGAAGACGUCCGCAAGAAAGUUCAGCAGCUUCGCAAGCCGAGGACUGCGCCGAAUGAGCCGGCGAACGGCCUCGAAGCGGAGAAGGAAGGUACCGGCCUUCUCUACGACGAGGGGGGCAUGACAAUCUAUCAGCGGACGCCACUGAGAGUCCUCCACAGGCGCUCACUCGCCGUCAGGGAACGGCGAAUAUACGGCAUCGACUUUGUCCGGAUACACCCGCAGGUUUUCAUAUGUCGGCUCGACACGCAAGCAGGCACGUAUGUGAAGGAGUUCGUGCACGGAGACUUGGGGCGGACGUCUCCGUCGCUCAGCUCUCUGCUCAACUGCCCCUGUCACCUGCUUCUCCUCGACGUCGCCGACCUCGUUUUCGGCGCCGCCACCAAGCAAGAAGAAGGCUAA